AUGGAUCGCACUGCAUCGGCCGAGUCCACAGGGAGCACUUCCAGCCCCAUUUCCGGGGCAGGAAGCAUGGGCGUGAAGGUUGUGGCCAGUACUUGGGCUCGCGAUUCUCAUGACCUCUUCGACUUUGAAGCAAAUCAGCUGCAAACGCAGACUUUCACUGUCCCCAAUUCGGCGAAGUUCGUUCGGUCUGGAACGGAUGUCCAGAUGUUCACGGACAACGAGAACCCACCUGCAGGCGGCGAGCCUAUGCUCCGCCUCGUUCAGCGAGAGGGAAACUAUUGGGUGGACAAGGUAGCUCCAGCCAGCAACAGCUCCAAGAAGCUGUGGGUGGUAGUCCGGGAUCUGGCGACAUCAGGGCACAAGCUGUCGGAAAGCGAUGUGAUCAAGCUUGGUCGCUUCAAGUUCAAGGUCCGGCAGAUGGUUGCGUCUGAGUCGUCACCUGUCCAGCCAGAGCUGCACUUGGAUGAUGCCUCGGGGUUCGUAUGCAACAUAGAGUCGGACCAUGAGACCCGCCUUGCAUCAACGUCUUGUCGUAUUUGCUUACUGGAGGGGUCCUCCGACGAUGACCCCCUCAUCAGGCCCUGCAACUGCAGAGGAUCGAUUGAGUAUGUGCAUCUGGGUUGCCUCCGGCACUGGGUGAAGGGGCGCCUCAACAUCGCAGAUACGCCAGAAGGCUCAUACUUCUAUCGGCCAUUGCCGUGUGAGCUCUGCAAGUCCUCUUACCCAGCCGCAGUCACCAAGGGAGAGGACAAGAUGCCUCUUGUGGAAGUCCCAAAGACGAAACCACCAUUCAUUGUGCUGGAAAACAUGAUGCGUGACGCGCAGCAGCACGCCAGCCGCGGCUUGCAUGUGGUGUCUCUAGCGGAGAACAAGGUGCUGAAGCUUGGCAGAGGCCACGAAAGCAAUGUGCGCAUUGCUGACGUGUCGAUCUCUCGAUGUCACGCCAUAAUUCGCUAUCAGAAAGGCAGCUUCGUGCUUGAAGACCAUAACUCCAAAUUCGGUACUCUUGUGGCCAUGAAGAAGCCACGCCCACUUGAUCAUAGCAGCGCUAUUUCAAUUCAGGUUGGGCGCACUGUUCUGUCGCUCUCUUUGCAAUCGGAGCCGCCUGGUGGGCCGGUCAACAGCCCCGCGACGACCGAGGAAGAAACUCCAAUGCGGCAACUGUGA